GCCAAGUCAAUUCUUGUUAACCGGGAACGCGUGGUCUUUUUUUGUUAUAAACUGUCGCGAUACUCGUGAUCCUCCAUCUGACUGAUCAAAUUUGGCCUUUAUGCACCUUCUGAACCAGGAAUACAAGGACUUGUGCUAAUUUACUGGCCUAACGAGGAUGAGGGAACUCAACUUACCGACAAACAGGGACUGGACAACCCCGUACAAACAGGAUCUGGCAGAAAAGACUAUCUCAGAAACAAGCACGCUCCAAGAAAUUGCUCGCUAUCUCUACGUCGACCCCGAAGAACCUGACCCUCAUCAGCUAUUGAUGUUGGCCAUAGAAAAAGUGAAUAAGGCUGUUCUGAAUUCUCUAAUCCAUAAUCUCAAUUUCAAUAUCGAUAUCAAUCAGCGCGAUGCUAAGGGAAGAACAGCACUGACACAGGCUGUGAAAGCUGGCAACAGAGAAAUAGUUGAAUAUCUCCUCGAGAUCGAAGGGAUCGACGUAAAUGCCCCAGGCGAAGAUGGGGAUUAUCCGAUUACUUGGGCAAUUCGCAACAAUAACGACUGGGUCAGAUCAGGAUUAGUUUUUGGCAGGCCGUGCAAGCCACCACUAAUUUCACUAUUACUCGAGAAGGAAGAAUUGAACGUUGAACGGAUCGAAUCUGACGGCCAAAGCCCAUUCCUUUUGGCGCUGAAUUGCGAAUAUUUCUUACGUCUGGAAGACUUCUUGAAAGAUCUAUUGGACUCGGCAAAAUUCAAUCCAAACAUCCUGGAUGGGAACUUAAGAUCUCCGCCGUCACUUGCUGCGGAGAAAUCCGCUUCGACGGUGGUGACAGCUCUAUUAAAGAGUCCUAAAGUCGAGGCCUGCUCUCAAGAUAAGGACGGCCGAACACCACUAGUCUGGAGCAUCCUUGGCAAUAGGGUUGAAAACAUGGAACUUCUUCUGAAAAGAGACGACUCUGGAGUAAAUACCCCUGAUAUAGAGGGACGAACGCCACUUUCAUACGCCUCAGAGAAAUGCAAUCUUGGCAUGGUGAAGGCUUUAUUACAUAAAUGUGGCGAAAACGCGGACCAGCCUGAUCGCGAUGGGCGAACUCCGUUAUCUUGGGCAUUUCAAAGAGAACCAGCGAUUGAUCCCAUUUUUGUUCCAAAAAAGCCAGCGUCUUGGGCUCCUCAAACCACGUCAAGGGGCUUUGGGACAACUCCGAAGUCUCAGAAUGAGGAGAUCGUUGAGUACUUGAUCAAUACUGGCCACGCGGACCCUCACUUCAAAGACAACAAUAAGAGAACUCCAUUUUCAUGGGCAGUUACGACUAACAACCUGGAUACUGUUAAAUACCUGGUACAACAUCCAGAAGUCGACGUUAAUGAUCCUGAUAAAGAUCGGCGAACGCCUUUAUCAUGGAGUGCAGAGCAAGGAUAUAUCAGAGUCGUCGAGUAUUUGCUGUCAAUCGACGAUAUCGACGUCAAUAUUGAAGACAACAAGAAUCAGAGUCCGAUUUUCUGGGCCACCCAGACUAAGAAUGUGAGGAUGAUCAAACUGUUCAGAGAAAAAGACGUUAAAGCCUUGCACACUAUGGUCACGAAAAGAGAUGAUGUUGAAAAAGUAAAACUUCUUCUUGAGGCUGGAUACGAUGCCUCUAGAGUGGACGCUAACGGCCGCACGCCAUUGCAUCGCGCUGUUGCAACUGGAAAUUUGGAGUCUGCGAAACUGCUUAUCCAUAAAUGCCCGCAGUCCGUGAACGAGAAAGAUGAGGACGACCAAACACCACUUCAACUCCCCGUCAAAUUUAGCCGUCAUAUGUUGCAAUUGCUCGUUGAAAGCUCAGCAGUAACAGAUGAAAUCGAGCAACAUACGUGGUUCAAUGGAAAUGAUGGGGACUUGCAUGAUAUUGUGUGCUUGUCUCACAUAGGCAACAAUCAGUACUUGCAGUUCAUGUCGACAGAUCGGUUUUCAGCGGAGUUUCCACAGCAUAGGAGGCUUAUCGAGCCAGGGAUGCGUUUAUUCAUUAGUAAAGACUCGCCUCCUCUGUGGGCAAGCACGAGCCAUUUUGGCUUCAAUGGCUUCAACCCGGACACAAAUGAUGCUAGGCUCCAUGUAAAAGUACAGUCUUAUGGCCCACCGCAGAACGGCUCUGCAGAGAUACUUGUCGGCAUGGCCACCUCAUUCCCUGGUUUACUCCUGCAGUGCUUGGGAUCACCAAAAAGCUCGGUUAUGGAACAGGUUAUCUCAGGUGUAGCAAUUCAACGCCUACGAUCGACAAACAAUUCAGAAGAUGGACCUGGAAGCUUUUUCAGUACACUUCCAAAAAGCAUCAUACCGCGCGAUGUCGUCGACUUUAUCUUACAGUUCAUAGAUACGCUGGAGAAGCGAUGGGACCAGCUGCUCAAGGCAGUUGAAGACUACCCACGUUCGUUUCAAGGGUUUGACCACGAUCAUAGCCCGCAUGAUGUUUCAGAGUCAGAUCCAUUGACCGAUAGCCAAUGGAGCGAGAUCAUAGCAAAGGAGCUUCGGAAUCAGUUGACCGAUACUGAAAGAAUCGACAAGCUGUUAAAGGGGUUUAAGAAAUUAAACCAAAUUAGACGUAUCCUUAAAAGCCAUGUUGAAAGCGCUCAGACAGUUUUGGACGAUUAUUACAAGCACAAGGUUAAGGGCAAGGGUCAUGAGCAAGUUCUAAAUGCUAUCAUGCGGCUUGAAAGACAAGGAAAUCUUGUGAUUGACCGAUCUGAACAAAGUUUGAGAGAUUUAUUAAACUUUGUAUACGUACGAGUAUCAAUCGAUGAAGCACGCCGAUCUACCGAUAUUGCAAGAAGCAUGAGACAUCUUUCUUGGAUGACUUUUAUGUUUCUUCCAAUUAUGUGUGCUUCUGGUCUUUUUGGAAUGAAUGUCAACAUUUUAAAGGAUGAUCCUGACUGGAGAUGGUUUGCUUUGACUGCAGGAGUCUUGGUUAGCAUGACUAUGGGUAUUUGGUUUUUCCUCUCUCGUAAUCUGGAUGAUGAGAAGGUCUUGAGACAUAGACCCGGCCGCCUCUAAGAUAUUGAAAAGGGAGUUGAUACUUGUUGUCUUUUCAUUACUCCUUCUGUCUGCUUUAGUGAGCUCUACAGGCCAUGGUAGCUAUCAAGUUGGAAAAUAAAUUGUAAUUGGCAAUAUUUCUUGGUAAGAGCUGUUUUCAAUGGAUAUCUUUCAGAUAAAUCAACAAAAUUCUCCUUAAAACAUUUUCAACGAACUUAGAGGGAUUUUA